AUGGCUCAAGUACAAUUCCCUGAUCUUCUGCAAUCGCAAGACAUGACUUUUGCGGAUGAAUUUCAGAUGGACGGCAAUGGAAUCGACCCACCCGCUCCAGCACCCCAAGACCACAUUACCGUGUUUGUCUCAGGACAAACCUUUUACAUGCUCCCUGAACUCUUUGACCAAGUACGAUGCCUACCAUGGUAUCAAGUUGGAGGUCUCUACCAUUUGGACGCCGAAGCCGACCUCUUUGAAGUGAUUCUUCAGUUUUACUUGUCAGGUGCAUUGCCAUCGAAAGCCCUACUCAAGAAACGCCGAGAAUCCCUCUACCAAUUGACGGCUCUGUUGCAGAAUGCCACUGAAUUGAAGAUGUACAUUCAAAGCGGCAAGAAGACAAAGUCUUCUUCUUGCUCCACAUUGCCAUCCAAGCGUGGACUGUCACUUCUCAAAAUGAAGAACAAGGCGAAUAUUCCACCAGCACCACCAGCCGUGGAGAAGAAGCAAUCCAAGAGUUUCUUUUCCUUCAAGAGCAAGAAGCAAUCCAAGCCCUUUGAUGAUUUGGACGAUACUCAGUCUAUUACAUCUGGUGCCUUGUCUCAGGUGACGGCUGCCACUGCUGCCACUCAGGCCAGUACUGGUACCACCAUGUCGGAAAAGGAAAACCCCAAGAAGCGUCAAAAGGGAUCCAAUGGAUGGAACAUUAUGAAUCGACCCAAACUUCUUGAAUUUUCAAAAAACUGUCAAGCCAUCACGAUUUACUAUUUUGUAUGGCAGCUGGCGGAUGAGAAUGCCAUUAUGGGGUGGUUCGAUGAUGAUGACGACGACGAGGAGGAAGAACAAGACCGCAAAUCCAAGACAUCGUAUCUAGCAGGAAAUGAUGAUAAUGGUGAAGAUGAAGUGGAUCCAUUAGAUGCGUACAUGCAAGACAUCAAUACCAAAGCCAAACAUGAUCAAGAAACCGCCGGUCAGACCACCCAAAGUGAACGUUUGGAUGUGGAAAAUGAAGAGGAAGCCACUAGCCAUUGGCAAGAACCAUCUGCAUCGGCGUUGACUGAGGAUGCGGCUGCUACAGAAGCUGCCAUGGAAGCUAAGGCAGCCAUGGAAGCCACCUUUGAAAAGGCAUUGGAUGGCAAACAAAGUCGUCAAGUGGAUAUUCAACUGACCAAAGUGAAGCAUUCUUCUGUGGAAUAUCCCGAUUUUAACAAGGCGAUAAUACCUUCAGAAAAUGACUCGUCGAAUGCAGCAGGAGAUAUGUGGCGUCGAGAGAAUAGCAUUACUUGCAACCCUCCAAUGGAUCCGAUCUACGAUUUUGCCGAAUUGAGAGAUGUGGUUCCGGAUCCUAUCAUGGAAUGGAUUCGGAGCAAUGGGUAUCAGAAUCCAACGCUAGUACAGUCUCAAACCUUGGGAGUUGCCUUGAGGGGAAAGGACGCCAUCAUAACGUCACAUACCGGAUCCGGAAAGACCUUGGCCUAUCUUUGGCCAUUGGUGGCUCAUUUGAAGGAAAACAAUCGAAAGUGCCGGGCUCUAGUGUUGGUGCCAACCAGAGAACUGGCAGCACAAGUAGAAAAGGUGGCGAAGUCAAUGUUUCGAGAUCUGCAUCAUUAUUCAGCAUUGGCGAUUACCGGCGGUAACAUGGGACGGUAUCAACUAUCGCAGGCUCUCAUCAGGAACAAGCCGCAUUUGGUGGUGGCAACGCCGGGUCGGCUUCUCGACGUCUUGAGUGCACAACAAAAGAAUAAGCAGAAUUGGCUGCUCCAAGAUAUUUCCUUUUUGGUGCUGGAUGAGGCGGACAAGAUGCUCCAACUGGGAUUUGCACCUCAAGUAUCUCAAGUCUUGGAUAAUCUUCGACCCGACCGACAAUCUCUCCUGACAUCGGCGACACUGACAAAAAAACUGGAACGAAUGUGUCGGGAAUGGAUGGACGAUCCUAUUCGGAUAUCGGUCGGCCGGACGGGCCAAUCCUCCGAACAUGUGGAGCAACAUGUCAUGUGUUUGCCAGAUGCACAAGCCAAGGAGGCAUUCUUGAAGGAGAUGCUGCCAACGUUUUGUGAUGUGGGGCGCACGCUGGUAUUUUGUGCAACUCGAGAAGGCUGCGAAGCCUUGGGGCAAAAAUUGCAGGCCGUUGUGCCAACCGUGACACUGCAUGGAGACAAACAUGGCCAUGACCGCAAGGCAGCACUCAAAGCAUUCACCAAGGGACAAGUCAAGCUGUUGGUGGCCACCGAUCUUGCCGGGCGCGGAUUGGAUGUCCCUCAGGUUGGUACUGUUAUCAACUUUGAACCUGCCAAGAACUGGGAUACCCAUGUCCACCGGAUAGGAAGGGCUGGGCGAUUGUCCACCAAGGAACAACAGUCGGGAUCUGCCUACACUUUGCUUCUCCCUUCGAAUGCCGAUUUUGCGUACACUUUGGUGCAGGAAUUUACGCGAGAGAAGCGACCUGUUGGGGAUGAUUUGCGAUCUCUAGCGAAUCGGUCUCGUACGAACAAGUCUCAAAAGAGAGGUGAAACUGGAGGUCUUCCUGAUGGGUCCCAUCGAAAUCUCAAGGAUAAAUCUGGAUUAGGUUAUUAUGGUCCAUCUGGUCCUGUGGCUGAUAGUGGUGUGCCUCCUCCAAAGCGAAGUCGCUGGUCGUGA